CUCUGGCCAUAACUUCAUCUCCCCCUGUUGUCCAAACAGAUAAAAUCAAGCACUCUGGAAACAGUGACACUCCUUCCCUCUGUUAUUUGUAAGCUGGCAUGAGGCAAACAGAAACCUUCUGAAGUUCUAUGCAUGCUGUGUUCUCUCCGUGCUGCAACAAGAAAAGCCUUGUUUUUAUCCCUGGUUGCCUUUUAAGAAGUGGCUCAAACAUCCUCAUGGCCUGUAAAGAUACACAGAAACAAAAAAGUAAAGGCCUACGUCAUUUUCUUCCUGGAAUUCCAGACCCAGACCAAAACCGAAUCAUCCCUUCUUCUACUCCAGGAAACCAAGUAUGGCAGCCGGAACCCCAUCCACCAAGCAGCUUCCUGCCAAAUGUCAGUGUGCCUUCUGGUCUAGAAUAUUUAAGCCAGUUAGACCUGAUAAUUAUACACCAGCAGGUGGAGCUGCUUGGAAUGAUUCUUGGCACUGAGACCUCCAACAAAUAUGAGAUUAAAAACAGUUUGGGACAAAGAAUUUACUUUGCAGUAGAAGAAAGCCUCUGUUUUAAUCGUACGUUCUGUUCCACACUGCGUUCCUGCACCCUGAAAAUCACAGAUAACUCAGAUCAAGAGGUGAUUACAGUAAAUCGGCCCUUAAGAUGUAACAGCUGCUGGUGUCCUUGUUACCUACAAGAGUUAGAAAUACAAGCCCCUCCUGGUACUACAGUUGCUUAUGUUGCACAGAAGUGGGACCCCUUUCAGCCUAAAUUCACAAUCCAAAAUGCAAACAAAGAAGAUAUUUUGAAAAUUGUUGGUCCUUGUGCAACAUGUGGCUGUUUUGAUGACGUGGAUUUUGAGGUGAAAACCAUUAAUGAAAAGCUCACAGUUGGGAAGAUUUCAAAGUACUGGUCUGGAUUUGUGAAUGAUGUUUUUACAAACGCUGACAACUUUGGAAUCCAUGUCCCUGCAGAUCUCGAUGUGACGGUUAAAGCAGCGAUGAUUGGUGCUUGUUUUCUCUUUGAUUUUAUGUUCUUUGAACAUUCACUAGCUGGAUUAUAACAAGCAAGAUGACAAAAACAAUAAAAUAUGCAGAACAUAUUUCAACAUCCCUUGGGCUGCGGAUUUCAUUUCUGAUGAUUUGAGUAUUUGGGGGUUUUUUGUAAUAAAUUUCAAUUAUAAUAUUUAUUAAAACAUAAUCUAAUGAGGCAAUUAUCUAGUUGUGAAUGCAUGAUAGCUAAAUGCCCAAUUAUUGGCCUGAACACAAGGUUUCUUUGAGAGAUUACCACCCUUUCAUUUUAUUCUUUUGAAGUUAUUGCAAUGGUAAGCAUGAAAGAUGAGAACUAAGGCUUGUAGUAUCACUGAUGAAAAUUCAGUGUUUAGAAAAGACUUUGAAGUGUUUCUGCUGCU